UUCUAUAGGUAUUGACGUUUGAUACUAUACUAACAAGAGACUGUGAAGUAAACGCUGAUAAUGAAUGGUCCAAUUCAGUUUAACAUGGAUUUAUCGACCUCAUUCAAUCGAAAUAUUUCAACCAUGACUUCUAAUGCAUCCGCUUUUAUGCUGCAAAUUGAAAAGGAGAACAAAAGUUGCGAUUUUACAUCGUGCUUAUUGAAAUAUGAUUGUUGGAAAUAUGGGGUUCAUUUGUCUAUUCUCAUAUUAUUAUUGAUAGCACUACUGUUCACAGUGAUCAUUAUUCUGAACAAAGUUUUUCACUCUGCAUCUCCGUGGAACAAUAUUUUUAUUUUUUUAACGAUGAUCAUUUGGAUAAUCGGUGUUGGGUUACUGUAUCGAUAUGGUGAUUGGUAUGAACCCAUUACUGCUGCUUCUAUGUCAUCCGUGUUGGCGAUCUUUGCUAUGUUAUUCGGAAUAAAACUGCAAGAUUCUGCCCGAAAAUGGAGGAUACUGUUAUUUUUUUCUUGUUGUUUAUUUUUGGCGGCUGGAAUCGCCUUCUUUGCACUAGCCAUAAAAUACAGGUUUCAAAACAAGAUUCAAUUCGCAAUUUUGUCGUUUAUCUGUUUUUGUGCUGCAAUGUUCAUUGUGAUUACACUGACCAUUUAUUACUUGUUGAAAUACGGAAACGCAGAAGAAUACUCCAUAUUGUAUAUAGCUUUGGUGUCUUCUUUCGAGGUAAUGAUACUGUCGAUUAUUUCACAAUUCCAUGUCAAUUAUUUCUUUCAUUGUGUAAAAGAAAUAUCACAGUGAACAAUGAAACCAAUAUCUAUGAUGCCUACUUCUUCUUUGUUUAUAAAAAACCUCAAUAAAUUAUUUUGUGUUCUGUUAUGUUGAUCAGC